UUGGUAUUAGGAUCUGAGUGCUGGUUUUCCUACCUAUGCUUUACAGGCAGCGCCUCAGAAGAUCUGCUCACAAAUCGGUCUAUGCUCUUCUGAUGGUAGUCGGGAUGUUAGCAUGAUCAUUGAGAGUGUGGUGGACAAACACAAUGGGGCUUCAAAUGGCUUGGGUGAUGAGAUGUGCAGGGUUUGUGAGAUGGCUGUGGUAUGGAUGCAAAACCAAAUGAGACGAAAUGAAACUGCAGAUAGCAUCUACAACUAUGUUAAUCAGCUUUGUGACCAAUUGCCCAGUCCAAUGGGAGAAUCUGCAGUUGACUGCAGCAGCCUUGCUUCCAUGCCUAAUGUUUCCUUUACCAUUGGUAAUAAAACAUUUGACCUGACGCCACAGCAGUAUGUCCUUCAAGUUGGGGAGGGGCCUGUUGCACAGUGCAUCAGUGGAUUUACAGCUUUAGAUGUGCCUCCUCCUCGUGGACCCCUUUGGAUCUUGGGAGAUGUUUUCAUGGGUCACUACCACACUGUGUUUGACUAUGGCAAUUCGAGAGUUGGUUUUGCUGAGGCUGCUUGAGCGCCACUGUUUAUCUCUGUGUUGACCCUCUUUACAUAUCACGUUAUUUCAAAUGAGACAAUUGUUUUCCUUUAAUAUGUCUGCACUUGUAAAUAAAUAACUAAGCUUAAAUCUUUUUACUGAAUUUAAACACUAACAGCUGUUGUGUAAUAACAAUUACGUAAUUGCUUGUGUUUCAUAAUUUCUGCUUAAUUUUGACAUUGUUAA